CAUAUUGAACGAAUCGUUCACGACUGACACAUCACUACAGCAGAGCACUGUGACAGACGGAGGGUCUCUGUGAUCACUGACGGUGGUAGGUCACAGCAUGGACGGACAGAGGAAUCCCAGAUACAGCACUGGGGGGCGGGUGGAGAGCCCAGCUUUCACCGGCCACAGGAUUUACAAUGACCGGGUGAGGUACCCGGGCUCAGCAACCUCAGCAACAUCCAUGGACACAAUGAGAGUAAAUGUGGGACUGACUUUUAGUGGUUGGUGAGAGCUGCUGUUGUGUCUGUGUAUUUUGUUUUCAGAAUUCCUGCAGAACUUGAACGCAGCUCAGUAAACCCCGCCCUUCUUGUCCGUUGAAAACAACAUCAGCUGUUCGACAGACAUGACGGGCUUUGAACGCUUCUCCGUGUUUUGUGGUUUCCUGUUCACCUCUGUGGUCUGUGCAUCUGAAGAUCAGCGUCUUCUGAAAGUGGAUCCUGGACAGGACGUCCCUCUUCAGUGUCCAGGUCCCAGAGGUGCCUCCGUCGUCCUGCUGGAGUGGAACAGACCUGAUCUGAAGUCAGAUGGUUACGUGUUCUUUUACCGAAACAAGCGCUCAUUUGAAAACUACCAGCAUCCGUCUUUCCGUGGUCGAGUGCAGCUGAGCGAUCCACAGAUGAAGGACGGAGACUUCUCUGUGGUUCUGAACAACGUCACCAUCGACGACACCGGCACCUACGAGUGUCAGGUUAUUGUCAUCAGGCCCAAUGAGACGACACGCUCUGAGAUCAGGCACCACAUCAGCCUGACAGUCACAGCGAGUGCAGGCCGCAGAGCUGAGAUGAGCAGCAGUGGAGGAAACAGUGACGGGAAUCCUCUCGUGGUGGUCGGGUCAGUUCUUGGUGUUCUGCUGGUUCUUGCUGUUGUUUUCAUUGUUUUUCAAAGAAAGAGAAAACCUGAGGAGCGUCCGUACAAAGUGACUGAUCAGACUGCAGAGGUCACAUGAACGUUUCACUCUGGAAUCAAAGCACGUUUUAUUCAUAGAAGAUGAAACCGAGCAGCACUGGCAUCAUGUUUCUGUUUCCACUCUUUAAUCCAUGUCUGAUCUCUGUAUCCAUCUUUCAUGUAAUGCACUUUAUUUCACCUUUCAUACGCUUCUUGAAAUCAAUUUUGUGUCUGACACUUUCUGAUUUUAGUAAAGUCAUUUAUGUUGAACAGGAGCUGGGUUUGUGUCUUCAUUCAAACCCAUGAAACGACACUUGGUGCUGGUUCUGCUUCUGACAGACCUGCUGCUCAGGGUGCUUCGUAUCCUGUCAUUUACUUUGUACAUCAUAAUUCUGAAACAUCGCGCUGCUGCCAGCUCGACCAACAACGUCUCAACAUCCACCACUGUCACAUGAGGAGUUGGUUCAGGAGGUGAACAGUAGGUGGCGCCAGUUCUCCAGGUUUGAUUCUGUCCAGUAGGCGUUCACUGCCCAUCAUCGUCCUGUACAUAUCAGUCUACAGUAAGGACUCUAAAUAUUCAUGAAUAAAUACAUGAAGAAUGAACGACGUCUGCAUGAGUUUGAUGUUUCUGGGGCCUCAAACUGAAUCUCGUUUAGGACUGACCCUGGUCCAGGUCAGAGUGUGAGAUGGACGCAUCAUGUCUACAGUACUAACUAAGUACUGACAGUACUGCUCUCAGCUGUAGUACCUGCAGUAAUAUAAUGUGUAUGUGUUGUAUUUUACAGAGAGUACAACUGCAGUUUACUCAGCAGUGAGGAGCAGGAGACGUCCAGUCGAAGAGGACAAGAGACCAUGGGAAAUCACAGAACUCUACCAUGAACCUGACAACACUGUAAACGUUGCUGCAAGAUUUUCCUACAGAACUUGAACGCAGCUCGGUAAACCCCGCCCUUGUCCGGUGUUCUCUUCUUCGGCUCCUCGUGGUCAACAUGAAGGAACUCCUGGUUCUGGUCCUGGUCCUGGUCCUGGUCCUGGGUUUGGUCUGUUCGGUGUCUCCAUCUGAAGAUCCAGAUGUGAUGUCAGUGAGACCUGGAGAUGAUGUCACUCUGACAUGUCGGUCUACUGAUCCAAACAUCGUAGCUGUAGAGUGGACCAGACCUGACCUGGAGCCAGAGCAAGUCUUCUUAUACAUAGAUGGACACUUCAAACCACAGAAGCAGCAUCCAUCCUUUAUGGGUCGGGUUCAGCUGGUGGACACAGAUCUGAAGGACGGAGACGCGUCUUUAACUCUGAAGAACGUGAGCAGCAGUGAUGAGGGAACAUACGAGUGUCGAGUUAGAGUGGAUGAUCCAACACGACAGAAGAGAGCCCUCAUUGAUGAUCAGCCAAUCAGAAGAGUCAGACUGCAGGUUACAGCUCCAGGUUCAGACUAUGCAGCCAUGAAGGAUGGAGAGAAGGAGGAUGGAGAGGAGGAGGAUGGAGAGGAGGAGGAUGGAGGCCACACUCGGAUGCACGUUGGAGUGACAGCAGCAGCAUCUUUCCUGGUUUGUUUGUGUGUUGGACUUUUUGUUUUCUGGAAAUCUAAAAGACAUUUGAACAAUGAUCCAGAAGCAGCAGCAGCUGAUGGUGAUGAUGAUGAGCUCCUGUGAGGUCAGAGAGGUGGAGGUGGUGAGAACAAUAAUUCUAGAGACGAUGUUCAUGAUGAGUUUGUUGUUAUUGGAGGCAGAAAACAUGUUGAAGAGACGGGAGGAGCAGGAAGUGCUCCAUCUCAACAUUUCAUUAUUGAUGCAGGUGGAGCUGUGAGUGUUGAUGACGCACAGUGUGUCCACAGGGUAUUAAAAAGAAUUGAAAGGGAGUAAAUCAAGGUCUAUCAAAAGCAUUAAGUGCCUGAUUACAAUGUAUAUACAGAAGUAUUUUUGAUUUUUAAAGUUUGUUUGUUAAAAGUUUGUCAGAAUUUAUUACAUAGUUAUAUUUUCAACUUCAACUUUAUUUAUUUCUAUAGCACCUUUCAUACAGAAUUGUAGCCCUAAGUGCUUAAGAGCAGAGUACAAACAGAAAUAGACAACAGAGCAGUUGCAUGAAAAACUAGAGAUUAGAAGAAAAGUAAAAAGCAUAAAACUACAACAACGAAACAAAUAAGAAGUAAAUUAAGACCCAUAGGGUACAAAGCAGAAUUUAAGAACAGGUGCAGUAAAAGUAGGUAUGACCUGUACAGUGAAUAAGCACCAGAGAUAAAAGUAACAGUGAUCAGGACAUAAAAACUCAGCAGUGAAUGGCACCUUAGGUAAAAGCUAAAGAGAUACGUCUUAAGUUGUUUUUAAAAAUGUCUACAGAGGUGCAGUCCCUCAGAUCCAUAGGCAGGCUGUUCCAGGUAGCUAAAAGCGGCCUCACCAAACUUCUUUGUGGAGGUUCUGGGGACAACUAGGAGUCCAGAUAGAUAGGUAGGUCGGUGCCAAGCUAUUCAGUGAUUUAAAAACCAAUAAGAGAAUCUUAAAAUCAAUUCUAAAACGAACAGGUAACCAGUUCCAAGUUUUUGACCUGAUCUUUUGUCCUUAGGGCCAGGGAUUGAAAAUGCUGGGAGAGGUGUUCUCUUUGGUCUUUGGGCCUGACUAUUAUUAUUUCUGUCUUUUCCUGAUUAAGUUGUAGAAAGUUAUUUCCCAUCCAGACAUUGAUUUCAUCUAGGCAUUGUACUAAGUUGUUGAUUGGGGUGAGGUCGUGUGGGGAUACUGCGAUGUACAGUUGUGUGUCGUCUGCGAAGCUGUGGAAUUCAAUGUUAUGACUUCUAAUCAUUUUGCCGAGUGGGAGCAUGUAGAUGUUGAACAGAAGGGGCCCUAAGAUAGAACCUUGAGGGACUCCACAGGCAAUAAUAUUUACAUCUGAUGAGAAAUCACCCAGUGUCACAGUGAAGUCCCGCCCAGUCAGAUAUGACCUGAACCAAUUCAAGGCCACACCCGAGAGUGAUAUCAUUGAGUACUUUGACCAGUGCAGUUUCUGUGCUAUGGUGCACUCUAAAACCAGA